AUGUCGUCUAAUAAGUCGAAAAGUUAUAUUGUGUUUCGUGAUGCUUUUCUGAAUUGUCAUAAGAAUUUAUCAAAAGAAAACGUAUAUAAACUGUUGAAUGUCGAAUGGAGUAAAAUAAAAAAAGAUGAUGAAUUAAUUCAACAACAUAUCGAAAUAUAUUCCACGAAACAAAAACUUAAUUUAGCAGAAAAUACUUUAUUACUCUGGACAAAUAAUUCUAAUAUUAAUUCAUGUACACAAUCUGAUGUUGUUACUCUUGAUGAUUGUACAUUAUCUUCUAUUACAACAACAACAAAUACCAUUUCAACAGCAAAUACUACUACAACAACAAAUACUAUUCCAACAGCAAAUACUACUACAAUCACUUCUAGUAAUCAUCCAUGUACUGCUCAAGAAAAAUUAUGUAAUGAUUUAGCUGGAGUUAAUGAACGUGUUACAACACUUAUGCAACUUAAACAAAUAGGUUUACAAACAACUGAAAAUGAAAAACAAUUAAAGAUUUUACUUAAACAACAGAAGUCAAUGUUGUAUCAACUCAAACGUCUUCGAAAUAGUGCUGCUGCUGCAAAACGUUUACGUGCUAAAAAAAAACAUAAAUUACAAGCAAUUGCAGAAUCUCAUCCAGAAGUUGGUCUUGUUUUAAAAACAUCAUUUCGACAAGAUAAAGGACGUCCUUCAAUUGAUGAUACAUGUCCAGAUUUACUUGUUACAAUUGAAGAAAUUGCUAUGCUUGGUGGAGCUGUUGAUGAUCGACGACGAACUGAAACUGUUCGAUCUUGUUUAACACUUGAUGAUCUUCGUGAAACAUUAAAAAUGAAAGGUUAUGAUAUUAAAAGAUCUACUUUAUAUUAUCGUCUUUUACCUCGUCGUGCACUUUCCAUUGAUGGAAAAAAACAUAUUCGUACAGUGAAUGUACGUCUUCAAAAAGCACAAAAUAAUCUUCAUAAGAAGCACGAAGAUGGUCAUUUUGCUGCUGCGGCUAUUCGUUUUGCAAAAGAUUUAGCUACACUUUUUGGAAAUGAUUGUGUUUUUUUUCUUUCACAAGAUGACAAGUGCAAAGUGCCUAUUGGUUUACCAGCUGCAAAGAAACAAGCACCUUUAUUGAUGCAUCUUGAUUACGUCAUUAAACUACCCGAUCACGACUUUGUUAUAGCAUCCCGUCAUCAAUUAACUCCAAGUGUAUAUGCUGCAUGUUUGAUUAAUAAUGCUGGAGAUGUUGGUUAUUCAGGUCCAACAUAUAUUGCUAUUCGUUCAGCUAAACAUGAUAAAAGUGUAUCAGCUAAUCAUCGAGAUGAUUUUAAUCAUUUGGUCAAAUUAAAAGAAUUUAACACGGCUGCACUUGAUUCUUCAAAUACAGUUAAAUCUAUUGUUAUUAUUACUGUCGAUGGUGGGCCUGAUGAAAAUCCUCGUUUUCCAAAAACACUUGCUUCAUCAAUUGAUAUAUUUAAAACUCACAAUCUUGAUGCAUUGUUUGUACUUACUCAUGCACCUGGUCAAUCAGCAUUUAAUGCCGUUGAGCGUCGCAUGGCGCCAUUAUCUCAUGAUUUAUCUGGUCUUAUUUUACCUCAUGAUAAUUUUGGUACUCAUCUUGAUGCCAGUGGCAACACAAUUGAUUUUGAAUUGGAAAAAAAGAAUUUCGAAAAAGCUGGUGAAGUACUUGCUGAAGUUUGGUCAAAUACAGUUAUUGAUUCUCAUCCUGUGGUUGCUUCUUAUGUGAAUUCAUCGUUUACUUCACAAGUAUCUUCAAACAUUGAUGAAAGUUGGUGUGAUCGUCAUGUGUUACAAUCACAAUAUACAUUACAAAUUAUUCGUUGUGAUUCACAAGAUUGUUGUGGUGAGUGGCGUUCAAACUUUUUUCAAGUUUUUCCUCAACGUUUUUUACCAUCACCUGUUCCAUUCGUACGAGGCUCAUCGGGUCUUGUUAUUAUUACAAAUGAUUCAGAACAAGAUCAAUUUUAUGGCUCAUUAUUUCAACGUUUGCAACUGAACAAACUUAUUCACAAACAAUUAAAUUCCUCAUCAAUUCCAUUCGACUAUUUUUGUACAUCAGUUAAACAACAAUUUCAAAACGAACAUGUGAAAUAUGCAACAAAUAUUUUUCUAGUAUGGAAAGAAGAAAAAAUCAUUGCAAAAUACAUAAGUCGAAAAAAGUAA